CCUCCACUCAGAGUAACAGCGGCAGCGUCACUACCACCAUCAUUGGCACCACCACCACUAUCUUGCUUCUGAACACUGGUUUACCGAUCAAACCGUCAUCGUGUGGAGCAAACGUGUGGAGGAAAUUUAGGUUCUUUCCGUUCUUACUCCAAGUAGGAGCAGGCGGGAUAGAGGUUCAUGGUGGCAACGUGCGAGAGAAGCAACAUACCGCGAACCGUAUUCAGCCGAUUGCCGCGCCGCCCCUUCAAGCUCGGAAAAAAGCACAAGAGGGAGACGGAGCCAGCGAAAGAAAGAAAGGGAAAGAGUGAGAGACAGUGGACAGAGAAGCACUGCCGGAGAAAGAGAGAGAGAGGACAAGUGCCACCGCGUUACACGCCGCGCCACGGUCGACAACGAGCCACGCCAGUUUGUACUUGGCGCCCUUCACGAGAGUCUCCACGGAACCGGAGGUGCUCUCUCGUGUAAGAACUACGGACCGGCGGCGGCCAACAAAUCGCUCCCGACACUUCCGGUCUCGCGAGUGCAUUAUUCGUGUCAUUAACAACGAAAUGUUCUAAACAAAUAUUCUAAUCAAGAAAGGAAAAAUCAUCAACUCUCCCAAAUGUUAUUCCACUUUUCCUCAAAGUCCCCUUGAUCAUUGCGCACGCUUUCUCUCUCACUCACUCACUCUCACUCUCAUCCUCCCUUCAACCUCACACUCGUCUGUCCCUCUCUUUUCAGAGAGCGCUACUCUGCUCUUCUCACUCCCUCCAUACCCCACUAUAUCACUCAUUCUUCGUCUCUCUCCUCGCCGGAGGCCGGACUGGAUUCCGUCGAAAAGAAACGACGUUUCGGAGGACGAUAGUCGCGACCGAUCAUAGCUGGCGCGUCGAUCGGAUCAGCCAGGGACUCCACCCGACAAUUUUAAACCUGAAUAUCUCAUCAUUACCCAAAUUUCAAAAUAAAGAGUGGACCCACAUCCAGAGGAUCUAUUUUCAAAGUGUACUCUACAACUCUUCGCUCAACUUGAAAAUUCAAAAUAACCCUUUUCUUUAAAAAAAAAGAAAACUGAUAAGUGAUUUGUGUUUUGGAUAAUGUGUGCCGGUAUUUGUCGGAAAUUCAAGUACUAAAUGGUUGGAUAGAGGCCACCUGUUUUGUUUUUGUGGAUGUAUUGUAUUAGUGGAUCUCAGUGGAACUGCGCAGACAAAUAUAUAUAUAAUAGUGACCCUCGCUCCUUUUUCCAUCAUAGUUUUUAUUAGUGUUUGUGAUUAAACAAAGCGAUUGAUCAAGUGGAACAAUGAUUGCGUAACGGUUUUCGAAUAUCACGGCCCUGAGAGGCCGACACAUCAUGUCACAGUUCUCCUUCAGAGGAUCACCAAAUUUACAGUGUCCUGUGACAGUGAGUACAUCGUCAUUGGCGUCAUCGCCAUCGCCGGCAUCGGCGCCAAUUUUGAGCGUUAGUAGUGCAUCUUCGUUAGGAAGCGGCGUUGGUGUGAAUCAUCCAUUAAGUAAUCCUAGUUUACAAACCGCAAGAAUGGCUGUGACGAGUGCAGUGGUCCGACCUCCCGGAAGUCCAACGACAUCCGUGAGUCCAUCUCAACCCCACCCGCCGCCGUCGGCUGGUGGUCCAGCAGGUGGAAGAUGUUGUGACACUGGUAGACCAAUUUAUACGGAUCCAUUGACGGGAAACACUGUUUGCUCUUGUCAAUAUGAACUUCUUGGUGGUUACCAAAGACUCGGUGCUCUUCCUACCACGGCACUUUCAAUGUAUACUGCACCUUAUGCCGCGGCGGCUGCAGCUGCAGCAUCCGAGGGGAUGGCUGCCUAUUUUCCCGGAUUGGCUGAACAGGGCCACUUCUACUCCCCCACUGCCACAGGAUUGGAUCUCAAAGAAAAUCUAGGCGCUGGUGCAGCGGCAUGGCCUUAUCCAUCGGUUUAUCCGCAUCCGUACGAAGCUGCAUUUGCGAGUUAUCCCUUCAGCGGCUAUGGGGUAGAUUUGAAUGGCGCAAGGCGGAAGAAUGCAACCCGCGAAACUACCAGUACCCUAAAGGCUUGGUUAAACGAGCACAAAAAAAAUCCGUAUCCAACGAAGGGGGAAAAAAUAAUGUUAGCAAUUAUUACGAAAAUGACGUUGACUCAAGUGUCGACGUGGUUCGCAAAUGCCCGACGGCGACUCAAGAAGGAAAACAAGAUGACGUGGGAGCCAAGAAACAGGGUGGAAGAUGAGGACAAUAAUAAUGAAGACGACGAUAGCGGAAGGAAGAGCGUCGACGACAAGGAUCGAUUAGAUUCUAAAGACUCAGGGACCGGAUCAAGUGAAGAUGGAGAUCGACCAGCGCAUCGUCUGGAUCUCCUCCACGGAUCGGGUGGUGCUGGUGGAUUUCCGGUGAAGGCGGAAAGUGAAUGGAGUGAGUCAAGAGCCGACAGCGGUCCGGAUAGUCCCGAAUGUCUCUUUGAUCAAAGAGAACCAAGGCAUCCAAUGCAACUUCAACAUCCGGCAUAUCUACCGUCGUCGCGUCUCCUUCGUCAUUCAUCCCCUGAAGCAACAUCGCCAGGAAGUCAUCACCUACCGCCCAGUACGAGUGCAACGUCCACCGGAAGUGCGACCACCAAGCCAAGAAUAUGGUCCCUCGCCGACAUGGCCAGCAAGGACGGUGAUCAGCCUAGUCCAAAUUCAGCGAGUCUCGUGUCCCCCUUCACAUCAUCGACGGGCGGCGGCGGUGGUGGUGGCGGGGGGAAACUCGUCAGUCCUCUCGCCAGUAGACUUCCACCACAUCAUCCACUUCAUCCCGCAAUGCAUCCCGGUUCACAAUUCGUCAGACCUCAUCCAGAUUUCUAUCGAAAUUUCUACGGUUCUUUGCAUCAAGGCUCAGGUGAUAUGUCACUACUCGAAACGUACUCGAGGACUCUCGGUGGUCUAGGUGGGGCUCCAGGUAUUCUAACACCCACCUCAUCGUCAUCGACCGAGGCAAAAACCUUUUCCCCCGAAGUGAAAUCAUUCCCCGAAGCCAAAUCAUUCUCCCCCGAUAUAAAACCAUUCCCCAAUCAAGAAACUAAAAACUUCCCCACCGACGUCAAGCCUUUCUCAACAAACGGAAAUCCCGCGAACCGAACAGGUAUUCUCACAACAUCAUCGGGCGUCUCACCAUCAUCAUCAUCGUCCUCAGCGUCAUCAGCCGGCUCGGAACCAUCAUCCCAUCAUCCACCAACGGAACUAAAAUCCCCCGGUCGAGUAUGAAUUACUCCCACCGAGUGAUUGAAAGACAAUUCAUGACAAUAAGACUAUAAAAAUCUUUUUUUUUCUCCCAUUUCCUUUUGUAAAUUAGUGUACAGAUUUUAUUGUAAUUUCUUAUUCUCUUUUAUGGAGAGAGAAAAAGAGUUACCCUGCUGCUUCCAGAAAUGAAUAUAAAAAUGAAGAGUAGUCUACAAAUCCAAGAAGUAGUAGUGAAAUUAUCGAAAAAAAAAUAAUUUUAGAUAGUGUCGUAUAAAUAUUAUACAUACAUACAUACAAAUAUAAAAAAAAAAUUAUUAAUAUUAUUUAUGCGUCUGUAAAUAGUAGGCCUGGUGCGUACCAGCCAGUGUAUGUAUUGUAUGUAGAGUAGUGUGAUAAUUAUUAAAAUUGAUAAUUAAUAAAAAAUAAUUAUUAUUACGCAGUAUAAUAAUUAUUAUUGUAUCUGAAAUCAUUAUUCAUACUAGAAAUCGAUGACUAUUAUUGCGACAAUGAUGAUUAUUGUUAUUGCAAUGUUUAUAAUUAUUAUAUCGAUUCACCUCGACAUGUCAGUUUUGGUCAUGAAUCCCUUGAUCACUGUUAUGACAAUUUAUCAGUCGAAUUUCAUCCAAAUGGAUUCAAAAACUAGGAUUUUUUUAUUAUAUUUAUUAAUAAUUUGUAUUAUAAUAUAAGAUGUACGCUGUAUAUUAUAAUACCCAACGGAUAUUAUAUUUUACAUUAUAAUAUACGAUGGAUAUUAUGCUAUAAAAUAAUAUACUAUAAAAAUUUACAAUCGAAAACCAAAAAUCGAGAAACUUUUUUUCAUUUAAUGAGAAUCGACUGGCAAAAUGUCUGCGAGAAAUUAUAAUUGUACUUCCAAUUGCGUCUCUUCCUUUUUCAACAAUUAUUGGACGAAUGUAGAGUUUAUAAUAGAGGUCUUUUAGACAAUGAGGUGGUGACGCAAGGAAUGUCCACAUAUCAUGUCAUGUCGUGAGUGAACGAUCGCCAGUCAUUCGUAUCCAAAUUUCAUCGCCAACCUGCCGAUACCACAUUGGCAAACAGCGGGUGGCAUCUGUUCUUCGCAAUAAACGAAUCAUUACGAAAUCAUUAAAAAAAA